UUCCCUUUAUAAUCUGAGAUUGUGUCUGUGGUUCAGUCGGCAGAUGCCUGUGUAUAACGGAGAUCACCGCUGGCAGCAGCUCAACCCGAGCCCCGGCGGGCCAUACCUGGCGUACCCAAUCCUGUCGUCCCCACAGCCCCCCGUCACCAGCGAUUACCCCACAUACUACCACACCAUCAUGCCCACGCCCUGCCCUCCUGUCAUGGGCUUCUACCAGCCCUUCCCAGGGCCGUAUACGGGGCCCCUGCAGGCUGGCGUUCUGAACCCCGUGUCUGACUGCAGCGAGCGGCCGCUGCCGCAGAGCCAGACGCAGAGAGGAAGAGGCGUCUCACGAAACCCUGUCCCACACAAGCAGCCAGUGAGAGCCAAGCGUCUCAUGAUGCAGAGCGUGGCGGUACAGAAGGAGGUGCGUGCCGCCGGGCCUGAUGGGAGAUCCAAGACAGUGCUGUUGGUGGAUGCGGCACAGCAGACAGAUUUCCCCGGCGAGGCAUCUGGCAGUGUCAGAUGUGCGUCGGAUCAGGCGAGUCCUCAGCAGUGGAAGAAAGCUCAGCGCAGACGCACGUCUCAGCAGGAGUCGUCCAGCGAGCAGGGAGCCAGCGAGGCUGACAUCGACAGCGACAGCGGCUACUGCAGCCCCAAACACAACCAGGGAGCCGCCAACACCUCCACCAAUCAGCACACGGCCGCCACGGCUGUGGACCCUGGCGUCAUGACAGCUGUUAGCUGGGGGAAUGUAGCCUCACAGACCGUCCAGAAGCCGUGGACAGACAGGAACACAGCGUAUCACAGAGGCAGAACACCUGAGCAGAGGAACUACACACAGGACUUCCAUAUGAGCUUUAACCUUCCGGAGAAUUCUCCCAUAAGCAUUGUGCAGACGCCCAUCCCCAUCACCAGCUCUGUGCCCAAGAGAGCCAAGAGUCAGAGGAAGAAGGCGCUCGCCGCCGCUCUCGCCACAGCGCAGGAGUACAACGAGAUCAGCAUGGAGCAGAAGAAGCUACAGGAGGCUCUGUCUAAAGCAGCAGGUAAGAAGAGCAGGACACCGGUGCAGUUGGAUCUGGGAGACAUGCUGGCAGCACUAGAAAAACAACAACAGGCCAUGAGAGCACGACAGCUCAACAACACCAAACCACUGUCAUACACAGUCGGGACAGUGGGCACGCUGCACAGUAAAGAUCGAGUGACGGGACUUAAGAACACAUACACCCCCCCUCACAACAUCCUGGACUCCAGCGCGCCCCGCGUCAAGAGAGGGAAAGAGAGAGAGAUUCCCAAAGUCAAGAAGACCACCGCCAUGAAGAAGAUCAUUCUGCAGGAACGUGAGGUGAAGAAGGGCAAGAGUUCUGCUGAGAACAGCGUAUCUGGAGCCGACGAGCAGAAAGAAGCUCUGAGCUUCACAGACCCGCUCACACAGGAGCAGGAUGAGAACGGUCUGAGCAUGCCCAGCGAUGCGUCUCUGUCUCCAGCCAGUCAGAACUCUCCCUACAGCAUCACACCCGUGUCACAGGGCUCGCCCUCCAGCUCCGGCAUCGGGAGCCCCAUGGCUGCGUCCGCCAUCACCAAGAUCCACAGCCGCAGGUUCAGAGAGUACUGCAAUCAGGUGUUGAGUAAGGAGAUCGAUGAGAGCGUGACGCUGCUGCUGCAGGAGCUGGUUCGAUUUCAGGAGCGGGUUUAUCAGAAGGAGCCCAGCAAAGCCAAAGCCAAGCGGCGGCUGGUCAUGGGGCUGCGAGAGGUCACCAAACACAUGAAACUGCACAAGAUCAAGUGUGUCAUCAUCUCGCCCAACUGUGAGAAGAUCCAGGCCAAAGGAGGUCUGGACGAGGCCCUUUAUAAUGUCAUUGCCAUGGCAAGGGAGCAGGAGUUCCCGUUUGUGUUCGCUCUGGGCCGAAAGGCUUUGGGCCGCUGCGUGAAUAAACUCGUGCCGGUGAGCGUUGUGGGGAUAUUCAACUACUCUGGAGCAGAGGCUCUGUUCAAUAAGCUGGUGUCUCUGACGGAGGAGGCGCGGAGGGCGUAUAAGGACAUGGUGAGCGCUCUGGAGCAGGAGCAGGCCGAGGAGGCGCUGAAGAACGUCAAGAAGGUCACGCACCACAUGGGCCACUCCAGAAACCCAUCCGCCGCCAGCGCCAUCUCCUUCUGCAGCGUCAUCUCCGAGCCCAUCUCAGAGGUCAACGAGAAGGAGUACGAGACCAACUGGAGGACGAUGGUGGAGAGCGCAGACGCUCCAGAGCCGCUGGAGACCAAACCCGUCAGCAGAGCGAGCAGCAAAGAGCAGCCGACAGCCAGCCCUGACCCGAGCCCCGCAGCCGCUCGCGCUCCAGAGAGAGACGAGUCCCGCACAGACGACCGGCUGGAGCGCGCCUCGCAGCAGAGCACAGACACCGGCUCUCUAGACGGCAGCUGCAGAGACCGGCUCAACUCCUCCAUCACCAGCACCACCAGCACACUGGUGCCCGGCAUGCUGGAGGAGGAGGAGGAGGAGGAGGAGGAAGAGGAGGAGGACUACACCCCCGAGCCCAUCUCUGUGCAGGUGCCGCCACUCAGCUCCAGGAUCGAGUCCUGGGUCUCCAAAACCCUGGAGAACCUGCAGCUGCGCAGCCAGAGCAGCACCGAGGACGAAGACGAGGAAGAGGAGGAGCUCGACUCUUCUGACCUCGCUGAACCGGCGGUCGACGACAAAGACGCGGCGGAUUCGUCCACAGGAUGAGGUCGCAGCGCACACGUUCCACAAACACUGACUCAGGAAACUCUAACGGACAGACCAACUGCUCACACGCUCUCUGUGAAUAACUCGCGCGACUCUACGUCUCCAGAUGACGUUCAGGCUGCUCUUCAGCAUCACGAUGCUCCAGAAAUCACACAGAAGCAUCAUAACAGUCAUCAUAUGCUUCGUUUAGAUUUGGGUGAAACCCAUAUACCUGUAUAUCUCAAAUCAGGCAUUCACAAAGUGGUUCUGUUGUGCGACCGGACUUGAAGGGAUCAUCAUGUACUCACCCUUGUGUUGUUUCAAACCUUCUAUGGAACAUAAAGACAUUUUGAAGAACAUUUGGAAACAACCUACUUUGGACCCCAUUGACUUCCAUUACAUGGACAAAAAGUACUUUCUUUUGUGCUCCUCUAAAGAAAGCCAGUCAUACACGUUUGAGGGAGACUGAACGAUGACAGAAUGAGCAUUUGUGACUGAACUAUCCCUUUAAAAUAUGAGAUCUGAGAGCUGUAUGAAUCAUGAUGCUUCACGGUGUUUUUGUGCUUCUGCGUGAGAAACGAGCAGCUUGACCGUUCUGCUGAACAUCUCAUCCAUGUUCCACUGAAGGAAUAAAGUCAUGCGUUUUUAAAGUGAGUAAAUGAUUCACGGUUUGGGUGAAUGAUCUUGUGGACUCUCAUCUGAACGUGUGUUUCGUUUAACCAGGAAGCAUUAACAAACGCUGCAGAAGAGAAACAGCAUUAGUUUGUGCAUAAUGAAUGAAUCCUGUGUAUAUAACAUGUUUAAAUGUUUCUAAUAUUCUCGUCUUCGGUUCUAUUUAUCGCGCUUGAAUUCAGAGCGAUUCGGAGGGCGUUUAAUUUCACGUGCGUCCUCGGAUUGAAUGGUUUCUCUUGGUACUGAUGGGACAGAUCCGUCUCUUUCUCUGUGUUUGGAGUGAUCUUCAUCUGUGUGUCUUUUGCACUAUGUACAUAAACGUGAACAUGCUUUGGUAACUAAUGUGAAACUAGCACAUGUGUUUUCCAGCAGCUCUGAUGCUGAAGUCAUGCAGUAACUGUUCUCUGACUGAUCGUUAAUACAAUUAAACUGUUUUCAGUAAACUA